AUGUAUUCAUACAACGUCCAGAGCCCGGACCAACCUCCGUACCUCUACAAUUUCCGAUCUUGGGAGGUUCCCUCUGGGCCUAGUUCGACCAAUGUCGGGCUGCAAGACAAAAUGCCCCUGGAACCAGUCGCCGAAUCCUGGACAAGUCGUUACGAGACAGCCCAGCGAUAUAUGGCCGAUGGCUUUAGUUCACUGGACUAUCUUCAGCACCCAUACUCCUCAUGGCCCAUAGACGCAACGUACCCAUCACACCAUAAUUCCGCGGUCGUACACCAUACUGCAGACCCUACCCCCUCAACGUCCGAUCGCCAAUAUCAUGGGCCCUCGACGGUAGCACAGGUACGCAACGGCGGCCAAGUCGCCUGCCGAUGGGGCGGAGAGUGCAGUAUGAUCAUCGAUGACCUCUCCCCGGCGGGCAUCACCCGACAUCUGAGGGCACACCAUUUUGCCGAGUCUUCUGACACCUUGUUGACAUGGGAGAAACGGAGCCGCGGAUCCUGCGAAUGGUCGAACGAUACGCACGCAUGUGGUCGCCGCAUGUUCUACGCCAGCUUUGGCAAGCACAUUGCUGCUGUGCACCUAGGAACAAUCUCGCGGCGAUGCCCCAAGUGCAAUCCUACCAGCAGUGAAGCGCAUAAUCUCCGAGAGUGGUCUUCAUCAUUAAGCUUCGGAUCGCUUCCUGAUGUCGUUCGCGAGGAGAAGUUACCUGUGGCAUGUCACGACAUUAUCAUCACCCGCGGCCCGCGGCCCGCAAAGAUUCACACGAAUGUCAGUCCGGUCGAAGGUGCUUCCGAUCAUGGAUGCGAUGUCAUGAACAGAGGUAGCAAGGCAGGUUUGGCUAUGUCAAAGCGCGAUUAUGAUGUGGCAUCACACAAGGAGUACACCUGCUCGGUGCCCAUGUUCAAACUCACAGAAACAAACAAACUAGUGAACAAGCUAUUGAAAGCCUGGAUUUUCCCCCUUUAUCUACAUUGUACUUCGGAUUUCAACGCUUCGACGGUGACAACCCUCGAGCGCUCAGAAAUUAUAUUUGGUUCCAACACACAACGCGCCACACCCUGCCGAUGGGGCACUGGCUGCGGUGCCAUCCUGCACAAUCUGACCCCCACGGCUAUCAGUAACCACUUGAAGGAGCACCACUUCGAGUUUUGGGACGAUCGAGCCAGAGGCCAAUGCCAGUGGGAAGGAACAUCAUGCAGAAACGGCAUGGACAUGUACUUCGGCAGCUUCGGGAAGCAUGUAGCAUGUGUCCAUCUGCGCUCAACGACGGAGAAGUGUAGAUAUUGUGGGGAGACGUUCUCUCGGCCGGAUGUUCUCGUUCGCCACGAGAAGCGUUAUUGUCCUGGCCAACGGCAGCUUCAGCUUUCAUUCGUGUCUAAUGUAUGGGCUCCAAAAGUGCACCCUCCAACCGCAGCGCACCAGUUCUCGGGCGAGUCGAAGCAGCUGUUCACUCUUGGGUCAACCUGA